AUGAGUCCCCGGAGUUCGCGCGGAAAGGGUGCUCUAGUGGAUCGGCCACGGCUUCAGCAUCCGUCGGCGUGCGGUUCGGUGGAUGGCCCCAGCGCUCGUAUUGUCACAUAUCUGUUCGCCGAGGUCACGGGCGAGAACGUUGCCAGCUAUGAUCGCAUCCUCGUGGUUGCAGUACGGGCGGCCGUAGACGAUGGUCGCGCCAUGUUUCACUGCCCAGCUACCUUGUGCCGUAGGUGUACCCCCGCACUGCCGUCCCCGGCCGUUUUUGCCAUGGAGAAGGAAGGGUGGUAUCGCACUCAGCAGGCGCGCAGUGUGCAUGAUGCACCCGGUGGCACCUAA